AUGUUGGAGAGAAGAGAUAGUGCGCAAUAUAUUCCGAGGAGGACGUCCGAUGGCACUCUGGUGCCGCCAUCCGCCGCCAACUCAACCUCGCCCCCUGCAGCCUUCAACCGCGCAGACCUCUUCCGCUCUCUGCGCCCCAUGGCCAGCACCGAGAGUCUCAAUGGCUCCUUGACCAGCAAGCCUUGCACAACAUGCUCUGGCCAGCACGCCCGCCGCCGCUGCUCUCGCUGCAAGGCCGCAUACUACUGCGACCGCAACUGCCAAAAGUCGGACUGGAAGACGCACCGCAACAUCUGCGAACCCGUCGGCCAGACGUACUCUGCGCCGGAGACGCCCAACGUCUCUAACCCAGCAAGCCCGACCACCGAAGCUUGA